AUGAAUCCGACCUCUCUGAUCGUUGCGGCCCUCUUGGGACAUCGGGCGGAUGGCAACCUCAGAACGCAUAUUCCCCUCCUCGGCCACCAUCCCCUCCGUCACGUAUCCUUCAAGAUUUGCGAGCAGGACAAGUUGGACGCAUGCGUAGUAGAGAAGGCCCGGGUGGACCAAAUCGCCGUGUCCUCUCCCACGGAAACUGCGGCCCAUGGUGGUGUUAAAUACUACACCUUAAUCAGGGCCGUUGGGAAGCUGACGAAGUGCCGGGUACAGUACAUUAACCCCGCUAGGGGGAGAGCAAUCUACUGGUGUGACAGUAGGGAGGAGGAGAGGGGACGACCAACCAUUACACUGCAUAAGGGCAAUCUCCUCGUCUUCAUUCCUGGCCGCGAUAAGGACACGGGAGAGGUCAGGACCUUCACCGCCCGGCUCGGACUACUCGGAGAGGCUAGUCUAGAGAAAGGGAAGGAUCUCGAAUUGAAUUACGCUAUAGACCUCCGGAACUGCGAGGUGACUUCGGCUGAGGAGCUCCACUGCCAAGAGCCCAUCCCCCACAGUAUUCGAAUCGAGUCAGGAUUCACAGGUGCUGACCAGAAUUUAUGUGAUCUAGCUGCCUUCGACAUUGAACACAUCGAUGCCAAGAAGGAUGACCUCGAGGAGAUUGCUCGGGAUAACACCCAGCUCCUCAUCAAUCGUAUUUUCGACCUACGAACGGAGUCUGCUGGCAUCGCUGAAGGGCCCGUCUUCGCUACUCUGCCGGAGGCAACUCAGCUGGCUCGCCAGCCCGAUGGUCUGGUUGUCAGACUCCCUCGCGAGAAGCCACUGCCGAAACCCAAGCCGAUGAGCAGGUGGGAGAAAUUCGCGAAGGAGAAGGGCUUGGAGGAUAAGAAGAAACGCAGUAGAAUGGUGUGGGAUGAGACUUCUAAGGACUGGGUCCCGAGGUGGGGUCCUAACUCUAUCAAGCACAAUCAAGAGAAGAUGAAUUGGCUGGUGGAGGUCAACGAGGAUCGUGGAGAUAAUCCGUAUGAGGAUCCAUUCGCCAAGCAGAAGGCUAUUGAGAAGCUCGGGCAGGCGAAGCAAAAGGUUCGCGAGAUGAGGAAUAAGCUCGAGGGAGUUGGCAAGAAGAUGCCGGCCGGUAUAUCCGGUGGUCCCGAGUUGGGGUCUAUCAAACGUGGUACGAUCAACCUGAAGGAGAGCUUGGCUCGAGCACAGAAGAGCUCAGCGUCUAGUGGGAAGUUCGAUAAGCGACAGAAGAACGAGAAGGAAGUGCCUGUCGCGAAGCGUCGGAAAGUUAACACUGCUACUCCUAUGAAUGAGGAGAAGUCGAAGAAUCUCGCGGUCAUCGGUCGCUUGUUGAAGGGUGAGACCACAUCUGCUGGUACGGUGAAGGUUGAUAAGAAGAAGGCCGCCGGGUGGGGGCAAACUUUACAUGAGGCUGCCCGGAAGGAGGAGAAAACUCAGAGCGGUGUAUCGAAGAAGUGA